AUAGAUAAAUGCGCGCAUAUGCGUGAAACGGAACGUACCCCUAGUUUGUACUUCUUAUUCAUCAUGGCGAUAAAUUUGAACAUAUGUUUCAUAGUUUUAUGAGGCAAGCCAGAGUUUCGAUUAAGUGUUAAUUAAGUCACAUCUGAAAGGUCACGAAUAACAGCUGGCUGCUGCAUUUGGUCACGCUUUGAGCAUCGGGGCUGUAACAAUGGAGCAAGAGAACCAUUUGACUCAACAAGAGGCUCGAAAAUCAGUCACAAAAGCCACAGCGAGGCAUCUCCGUCGCAAGCGCCUUAAGGAUGCUCGAAGAGCCGAGGAACGACAGUAUCUAGAUAUUCUCGACGGUGUAAGUAGUCACAUCAAGGACGAAGUGAAUAGCACAACAAAGAAUAGUGCAGACAUAAGUGAUAAAUCGACACUAACAUCGCAGCAAACUGCCUUGGAUUUGGCGUCUGCCGGAUGGGAUAAAUCCGUAUUUUCACAUUCAGCGGUAAAUUUGUCUUUACCAGACCCGUUGAAUGAUCUUACCAUCGCUGCUAUUCUUAAGAAACUUGCGAGCUUAGAAGAUAGUCAUGCUAAACUAACAAACUUUCCUCAUUCGGAUUAUUCGUCCAACGUGAUCGACGAAGCGAGAUGUAUAAAUGGAGUGGAAAAUUUUUCUCAGACUACAAACGAUAAGAAGAAAAAGAAGAAGAAGAAACAUAAUGCAGAGUCAUCUGUUGCUAGCGUAACAUUAGAGGAGGACUCUUUAAACGCUUCCUCGUCGAAUUCCGAAUCGAAUGUUUUCAAUUUAAACUGUGAUUCUAGUUGUUCCGCAAGUAGGUUAGACUCGGAUUUAACGGAAAAUGGACAAAUUUUAGAACAAAGCGUAAACGUAAACAUUGCUGAUUCUGAUAACUCCGCGCAAAACGAUAUCGAGCCCGAGAGUAUCGAAAUCAAGAGUGAUGAAGCGAAAGUGAGCAUAACAAACCACGUGAAUUGUUUAUCAGCGAAUAACGUAAGCGACAGAAGCAUCAUAAAAACAACCAGUAGUCAAAGCGACAUAAGCGCCAAGAACGAAGAUAUGAACGUGUCAACAUCUCUGAUCGUCAGUACAUCGGGAAAAACAUUUCAUUCUCCGGUAAAGACGAAAGAGGAGAUAAGUACACAGAAGGCCGCUAAAAUGAAGGCGUACGGCAACAAGGAUGAGAAAUUGGACACGUCUCCGUGCGAACCGAUGUCCUCGAUCAAGAUGAUAGACGUAGAUAGUGUAUCUAGUCUUCCCGAGAAAACGAAAGAAGAAGUGAAGGCAGAACGCGAAGCAAAGAAGGCUGCUAAGGCGGCCGCUAAAGCAAAAGCAAAGAGCAAAAAAGCAGAGAAAACUACGGACAAUGUUAAGAAAGACAGCAUAAACGAGCUUUCGCCAACUGAACCCGAGUCGGUUUCGGUGAAAAAAGUUUCAGACAAUCCCGUUGUGGCCAACGCGCAAAACUCGCAAAAGAUUAACGUCAUGGUGACGUUGUCACAGAGUCUCCAAGCUGCGAAAGAAACCGAGGAGAGUUCCAUAAAAAGCGCGACUAGGCAAUCUCCGAUCGCUCAAGUCGCAAAUGUUAUGUCUCCGGCCGUUUCUAGGCUAGACAACACGAUCUCCGACGGUAAAGCCGACGGUAAAGCUGAGGGCAAGAGCAAGGCGGAAUUGCGUGCGGAACGAAGAGCUAAGCAGGAGGCUCAGAGAGCGGCGAAGCAGCUUCAACAAAUCUCAGCAAAGCAGCAACUAUCCUCGACGAAAAGCAACGAAAGGAGCCAAGAAACUCCUUCAGAAAAACCGCGUACACAGCAAGCGGUUGUCGAAGCUGUGAGUGUAAAAAAAAUCGUGAAGAAAAGUAAUGACCACCAGGUGAACCUGUUCCAGCACCUAUAUAAUGAAAGGGAGCUCUCUUUGGCCAGCGUGCCGAUCAAUUCGAAUAUUCAUCCGGCAAUCAUAGGUUUGGGCGCGCAGUACACGGGCAGAACGAUCGUCGGCAGCAAUGCGAGGUGUGUCGCGCUAUUGGCAGCUGUCAAGCAGGUAAUCCUGGAUUUUGAGAAGCCGGAACAGGCUGACUUCACUCGUAGCCUCGAGAUAUGUCUGCGGGAUUUGCUCGCAUACCUACAUCGUUGUCGGCCGGUGGCUGUUUCAAUGCAAAACGCGAUGCGUCAUCUCAAGUGGCACAUGACGAAUUUCUCGGUCACUAUGUCGACAUGCGAGGCGAAAACCAAGCUAACAGGUAUAAUAGACACCUACAUAACGGAACAAAUUCAACUGGCUGGCAAAGCAAUAUCCAUAACUAUACAGACUAAGAUAUCAAACGGAAAUAUCAUUUUAAUUUACGGAUUCUCAUCCUUAAUCUAUAAUAUAUUAGUGGAUGCACAUGCUGCGGGUAAACAAUUCCGCGUUAUCGUAGUCGACGGCAGACCUUGGCUAGAAGGAAGAGAACAAUUGAAACGUUUAGCGAAACAUGGAAUCAAUUGUUCAUAUAUGUUCAUCAACGCUGUGAGCUUCAUUAUGUCAGAAGUUAGCAAAGUCUUUCUUAGUGCUCACGCAAUAUUGGCCAAUGGCGCGGUGAUGUCGCGAGUCGGAACUUCGCAAAUCGCUUUGAUAGCCAAAGCCUUCAACGUACCGGUUCUAGUAGCGUGUGAGACGCAUAAGACAUGUGGACGAGUGCAGACUGAUUCCAUUGUGUAUAAUGAACUUGGGAAUGCGGAUGAUCUCGUAACUUCGAAUCAAUAUGGUAAUUCGAGAAAGUCUCUGCUCACCAACUGGCGGGCGAGAAAGUCGCUGAAUCUCUUAAACAUCACAUAUGACGUAACACCAGCCGAUCUCAUUACUGCCGUCGUCACGGAACUGGCCAUUCUGCCAUGCACCAGUGUUCCUGUGAUCCUACGAAUUAAACCUUCAGAGUUUUAAAUUUAUGUUAUAUUUCUCUCUCUCUCUCACACACACACACACAAAUGUAAACAACUUACUUCCCUAAAUUGUUUUAGAUCUAUAUUAAAAAAAAAUGUUUUAACUAUAGAGUUCCUAAAUAUAGAGAAAAAUUAAGAAUGUGUGAAUAUAUUUAAAUGAAAAAUAAGAACUCUAUAUUAUCUUUAAAUAUCGGAUUAUUUAAAUAUUACUUAUUUAUCUCUAACAUUUAAUGAUUUCAAUCAUUUGCUCUAAAAUGUAAUUUUUCUCUUCAACCUGCCAGACGAAUUAAAUACAAAUUAAGUAGAAAUAAAGAUAAUAUUUGUGUAGAUAAUGGAGAGUAAUUUCAUACAUUUACUCACGCAUUUUCUUUUUUUGAAAUAUGAACCUAAGAUAUCUUCUGGAAGUAAAUUCUUCAACCGAUAAAUCUUGCAUGAUGUUAAAGACAUGACAGUGACUACGAGAGAAUUGCACAUAUAUUAGUUGAAAUUACCAAGUAUAACAUAUAUAUAUGGUGUGUAUUCGUUGUCACGCGACACCAUAACAACUGUAACGAUCAUUCGAUAAAUAUUUUGUGAAGUAGGUGAAUUAAUAUUGAUUAAUUCGUAUAUUGCUACGUAUAUAAAUAUAUAAAAAUAUAUAUGUUAUAUGUAAGCACAUAUAGACACAUACAUACAUACAUUGGAAUAAACUUUUUAAAUCAAAUUACAGCUGCGGAUAUUAGCAAAUUUCGCUUAAUAAGCACCUAAGGGACUUUUUAACGACGAAUAUAUUAUACACACAUACGUACGCACGCGUACAUACACACACACACAUAAUGAUUUAAUGAUACGCUAUUUAGUACAAUACAAUUCAACUCGAACAUUAGUUGUAAGAAAUGAAAAAAUAUAUUCCUUAUAGAGUUGAUUUAUUUCUACGAAAAUUGUAUUUAUCGAGCCUUGAUUUUUGCGUGAUCUAUUCUCUCGUUUGAUUAUUUGCUUUGUUGCUAACAUGAAAAUAUGUAAUUAAUAA